AUGGAGGUGGACGUGGAAGAGGGCCAGUUGGAGGUGGAGUGGGGCCAGUUGGACGUGGACGUGGACGUGGACUUGGAGGUGGACGUGGAGUGGGGCCAGUUGGAGAUGGAGGUGGAGUUGGAUGGAGGUGGAGUUGGACUAGUUGGACGUGGAGGUGGAGGUGGAGUGGGGCCAGUUGGAGGUGGAGUGGGGCCAGUUGGAGGUGGAGGUGGACGUGGAGUGGGGCCAGUUGGAGGUGGAGGUGGAGUUGGGCUAGUUGGAUGUGGACGUGGACGUGGAGUGGGGCCAGUUGGAGGUGGAGGUGGUAGAGGAAGGGCUGCACGGGGACGAAGACGUGGUGGAGGAGGAGGUCGAAAUCCUCAGGUUUCGGAUGAAAUCCGAGCUACAAUUAUUGACCAUGUGGUGAACCAUGGCCUGUCCCUCAGGGAGGCUGGGGAAAGAGUCCAGCCUGUGGUCAAUAGGAACACAGUGGCCUCAAUAGUCCGCACUUUUCAGCUGGAAAACAGAAUCGAAAGGCUGCCGUGCACUGGAGGAAGACCGAAAGUGUUUAAUGCUGAGCAGGAGGUGGCAAUUGUCAAUAUGGUUAUAGCGAACAACGCCAUCAGGCUCCGUGACAUCAGGCGAGCUGUGAUUGAUGAUGAUGAUGGCAUAUUCAGUAAUAUCAACACAGUCAGUCUUACAACCAUUGACCGUGUCCUGAAGAGGCACCAUGUUGCUAUGAAGGAGCUGUACAGAGUUCCUUUUCAAAGGAACUCAGAAGCAGUUAAAGAAACACUAUGCAACUUUUUCAUAGUCCCUUGUCAUGAUGCAGUUUCUGAACACCACCAGUUUGUUUUUGUGGACGAAGCUGGCUUCAACCUGUGCAAGGUUAGACGGCGUAGGAGGAACCUAAUUGGGCACAGAGCCACAAUUUCUGUGCCUGUUCCAAAGGCCUUUGGUGCGUACUGA